AUGAUUGAACCUGCCAUUAGUACUGAUGACGUAGAGGACUUGGAUGAAGAAAUUUAUGCUGAAGAAAUAGGAGGUUCCAAAGAAGAAGAGUUUGAUGUUUCUGUUCAUGCCUUGGCUGGAUAUGCGAACCCGCAAACCAUGCAUGUCAAAGUUAAGGUUGUUGAUGGGAGAUCCUUGGCUUGUUCGGUGAAAUGCUCUGAUGUAGAAAUUUCUAUGCAAGGUCAGCACAUAAGAACUUAUAUAUUCUUGCUGCCAUUGGAGGGAUAUGACUUAGUUCUUGGAGCAUGGUGA